GGGAAAAGGGUCACUGUUGGGGUAGGGGUGUAAACGGCUGUCAAGCCCAGUUUGGGGUCCCCCAGGUCCCUGCAGCCCCCUCCCAGCACGCCGGCAGCUCUGCCUCCUUCCCUCCCCCACUGGCGCUCAGCAGAUCAAUGCUGCCUUUGCUGACAGCUGAGAAUCGAGCUCGCCUUCCCACCCCGUCCCCCGCCCCUCCCGCUCUGCUCCGUCCCCCGAGAUCCUCCCGGAGGAACCGGGAAGAGUUUGCUGCGGAAGCGCUUCACCCUGGGGCAGGGCCUGCGGGUGGAGCGGCUGGUGUGGCCGAAGCUUUCGUCAGGGGACGAGGGAAGGAGGAUCGGGAAACCCAUAUGACCACCGUGGGCUGGGCCAAGAGGGCUAAAGGGAACGAAAAGGCCUCCCCCAAAGCUAGAGAGAGUAGGUCAGGCACCAGGAACUUUCCGGCUGGAGAGGGAGUGCCGUGGGGGAAAGUCUCGCCGCUUUUGGGUGCGAUUCUGUGAGCCUUUGGGGAGGAGGCUGUCCGGCCUCCGCGCUGGUUCAGAGCUCACCUCCCAACACCUGUGUGCCCUGAACCUUGCCCUGCCCUGGAAGCGAGGCAAGGGCGCGCUUCAGACUGGGCUGUUGCGGAGCAGGCCCCUCUGAUCAGAGGAGACUCUUCUCGGGCAGAGUGGCCUAAGCGGAGGCUCUUCCCUCAUCCUGAAUAAGGGACGCUCAGAGGCGGGGGUGGGGUGGGCAGAAAAGAAGACACACCUGAGGCCCACGGUGCUGCACACACAGGCCUUUCAGGCACGAGCGCACCCCGCCCCACGCGCACGGGGCACGGCCAGACGGGGCACACCUCGCUGACGCCGCCACCGCCAGCGGCCCGGACCCUGCACGCCCAUCCACACCGCACCUCAUCACUCAAUCUCACCAUCACAGCCACCCACUGCGCCCACACAGCAGGCACUUCUGCAUCCACUCACACUUAAACUCCGCGGGACCCGCGUCCCAUCCGCGACGGCGGCCGCGACUCCUCGCCCCACUCGCCACAACCGCACAUGAGGCAUCCCGCCCCCAGCCCGGCCUUCGGGUCCACGCAGCCCCGCGCAGCCCGGCGCUCCGCUCGCACCAGCCGGGGGCCGCCGCCACGCGGUCCGGUCCCCGCCCCGACUCGGCGGCCCGCGCGGCGGGGGCGCCCUCCCGCCGCCUCUCCGCACGUCCCCUCCCUCCGCCCGGCCUCGCCGGCUUGCUCGCUCCCUCCCGAUUUGGGAAGGCGGCCGCGGGGCGGGCGGGGGCGGCGGGGGAGGGGCGGGGCGGGGGAGGCUGACAUGUGAGCGGCGCGCCGGCGGCAGGUGGAAAGGCGAGCGGCAUGGAGCGCGUAAUAAGAGAGUUGGAGUCGGAAAGAGCCGCCCCAGUCGCCGGGGAAGAGGGCGGUCAGCGCGGGCUCCGGCGGCCCCCCGGCUCUGAGCGCCCGCCCCCGGCCCCGGAGCGGCCCCGGCCCGGCCCCUAGCCCCCGCCGACCGCGCCCGCCUCGGGCCGCCCCGCCGGCCCUGGGUCCGAGACAUGCGCCGCUGAGCGCCCCUCGCGCGCCCCAGCCCCGGACCGGACCCGGGCCCCGGCCCCCCCGCCUGGCGCCGCCCAUGGCCGAGGCCCCCCCGCGCCGCCUCGGCCUAGCCCCCCUGCCCGCGGAUGCCCCCCGCGCCGAGCUGGUGGCGCUCACGGCGGUGCAGAGCGAGCGGGGCGAGGCGGGCGGGGGCGGCUCCCCGCGCCGCCUGGGCCUCCUGGGCAGCCCCCUGCCGCCGGGCGCGCCCCUCCCAGGGCCGGGCUCGGGCUCGGGCUCCGCCUGCGGCCAGCGCUCCUCGGUCGCGUACAAGCGCUACCGACGCCUGCAGAACUGGGUCUACAACGUGCUGGAGCGACCCCGCGGCUGGGCCUUCGUCUACCACGUCUUCAUAUUUUUGCUGGUCUUCAGCUGCCUGGUGCUGUCCGUGCUGUCCACUAUCCCGGAGCACCAGGAAAUUGCCAACGAGUGUCUCCUUAUCUUGGAAUUCGUGAUGAUCGUGGUGUUUGGUCUGGAGUACAUCAUCCGCAUCUGGUCCGCGGGAUGCUGCUGCCGCUACCGAGGAUGGCAGGGCCGUUUCCGCUUUGCCAGAAAACCCUUCUGUGUCAUUGACUUCAUCGUGUUCGUGGCCUCGGUGGCCGUCAUCGCCGCCGGCACGCAGGGCAACAUCUUUGCCACGUCUGCGUUGCGCAGCAUGCGCUUCCUGCAGAUCCUGCGCAUGGUGCGCAUGGACCGCCGCGGCGGCACCUGGAAGCUGCUGGGCUCGGUGGUUCUCGCUCACAGCAAGGAGCUGAUCACCGCCUGGUACAUCGGGUUUCUGGUGCUCAUCUUCGCCUCCUUCCUGGUCUAUCUGGCUGAGAAGGACGCCAACUCCGACUUCUCCUCCUACGCCGACUCGCUCUGGUGGGGGACGAUUACACUGACGACCAUUGGCUAUGGUGACAAGACACCACACACGUGGCUGGGCAGGGUCCUGGCUGCUGGCUUCGCCUUACUAGGCGUCUCCUUCUUUGCCUUGCCUGCCGGCAUCCUUGGCUCCGGCUUUGCCCUGAAGGUGCAGGAGCAGCACAGGCAGAAGCACUUUGAGAAGCGGAGGAUGCCAGCAGCCAACCUCAUCCAGGCUGCAUGGCGCCUGUACUCCACCGACACGAGCCGGGCCUACCUGACAGCCACUUGGUACUACUAUGACAGCAUCCUCCCGUCCUUCAAAGAGCUGGCCCUCUUGUUUGAGCACGUGCAACGGGCCCGCAACGGGGGCCUACGGCCCCUGGAGGUGCGGCGGGCGCCAGUACCCGACGGAGCGCCCUCCCGUUACCCGCCCGUUGCCACCUGCCACCGGCCGGGCAGCACCUACUUCUGCCCUGGGGAAAGCAGGCGGAUGGGUAUCAAAGACCGCAUCCGCAUGGGCAGCUCCCAGCGACGGACAGGCCCCUCCAAGCAGCACCUAGCACCUCCACCGAUGCCCACUUCCCCGAGCAGUGAGCAGGAGGGGGAGGCCAGCAGCCCCACCAAGGUGCAGAAGAGCUGGAGCUUCAACGACCGCACCCGCUUCCGGGCCUCCCUGAGACUCAAACCCCGUGCCUCCGCUGAGGAGGGCCCCUCAGAGGAAGUGGCAGAGGAGAAGAGCUACCAGUGUGAACUCACAGUGGACGAUGUCAUGCCUGCCGUGAAGACGGUCAUCCGCUCUGUCAGGAUCCUGAAGUUCCUGGUAGCCAAAAGGAAAUUCAAGGAGACGCUACGACCAUACGACGUGAAGGACGUCAUCGAGCAGUACUCAGCAGGGCACCUGGACAUGCUGGGCCGGAUCAAGAGUCUGCAGGGCCGGGUGGACCAGAUUGUCGGCCGGGGCCCCGGGGACCGGAAGUCCCGGGAGAAGGGCGACAAAGGGCCCUCCGACACGGAGGCGGUGGAUGAAAUCAGUAUGAUGGGACGCGUGGUCAAGGUGGAGAAGCAGGUGCAGUCCAUCGAGCACAAGCUGGACCUGCUGUUGGGCUUCUACUCGCGCUGCCUGCGCUCUGGCACCUCGGCCAGCCUGGGCACCGUGCAAGUGCCGCUCUUCGACCCCGACAUCACCUCCGACUACCAUAGCCCUGUGGACCACGAGGACAUCUCCGUCUCCGCACAGACUCUCAGCACCUCCCGCUCGGUCAGCACCAACAUGGACUGAGGGGCUUCUCAGGGGCGGGGUAGCACACGGCCAGCCCCUCGGCCUGGCACUCGGACCCGCCCUCUGAGGCCUCCGGACUCCUCUCUUACUUGAACUCGCUCCCUCGUGGGGAGAGAGGCCACACGCAGUAUUGAGCUGCCUGGGUGGGCGAGAUACCCGAUGUGGGUGCCAGCGACCCGCCCCACCUCAGGAGCGUGAGAUGCCAGGCCGUACGGAGGGCAGCAGCGGCGGCUGUCCCGCGGCCUCUGGGACCCCCCAGUGCCCUGCCCGUUCCAUCAAGGCCCGACACGGCCCGCCGGGCAGGGGCACUGCUCCGGGAGUGGCAGUGGGGCGCUGGGGCCCUGAGCCCUGAGUCAGCUUCCAGCUAUGCAAGGUGAGGUCUUUGGCCUGCCCUUUGGACAGAGCAGGGAAGCCUUCCGGCCAAGUCCCCGCCCCACUUGGGGGUGGGCCCACGGUGCCCAUACAGGUACCCACAAGCACAGGACCCUGCCGCAAGGCAGGUGGGCACCAUAUAUGCAAACUAUGUUAAAUAUGCAACUUUGGGGACCCCCAUGGGGUCCCUCUGCCCCUCCCCCACUGGGAGAUGGGCCCCCAGCAGUAGCUGGUCUCAGGCUGCUUGGCUAUGACCCCCAUCCCUGUUCUUUGGCUUAUCAACUGCUCACCUCCCAGCAUGGGGCCUCUUUCUCCCUUGCCUCCCAAAGGGCAGUGUCUGGGCCUUUCUUCCCAUUUGCAGGUGUCCCCUCCCAGGGGCUCCCUCUUCCUGCCAAUGUUCACUCCCCUCUGGCCCUAGACACCUUUGACAACACAAGUUUCUGUGUUCUCCCCCCAACCUCCCAUAGACAAUGCUCCCACCAUCACACAAACAUGUCCCUACAGUUUCCCCAGACAUGCAGGAAGUCUCUCACACUCGCGCUGACACACACAGUCACCCACACUUGGAGACUUGAGCACAGAGCCACUCAGCCUUUCCUGGGCCUCUGCAGCUGAGGCCAGUGGACUGGCCUUGCAGGGCAAUGUCCACUCCUACCAACUACAUCCAGGCAGGAGAGGGAGCUCUGACGUGACUCCAGGUCUCCAGAACUUUACCAGCUCCCCUUUCUCAAGAAGAUCUACUCCGCACAGGUCCAGGAGCCCUAACUGCUGCCUCUGCCUGCCCCCGAGGGCCCUCCUUAGCGUCCCCACAGCACAACUCAGGCCUAGGCCUCUGGGGCCUGGACAGCACUGGAAAGACCACAGGCCCUUCCGCAGGGUGGUUAUCAGGCCCACUUCCAUCUAGGCUUGCCCUCUUCCUAGUUACUCUAACUCACUCCCAGAGAGAAUUAUAAGGCAUCUAGUGAGUACCAUUUGUCAGGCACCAACUGCAUAUGGCGCUCACAUGCACUGUUUCCCCUCCUUCCAUACUCCACUUUUCACUUCAGUUGGCAGCCCCCAUACCGCAUAAGCCCCCAUCCGCUCCAGGCCCCCAGCACCUCUUUGGUAUCCCUACCCCUUUGUCCCUCUUCUGCAAAGCCAGUGCAGGUGGCAGGAGGGUGAUGGGUAGUGGACCAAUGGUGACCCUUUGUGGGGCACCAGGGAGUAAGGGGUUCAGGCCCAGCUGCCUGCAUCUCAUGACUGGGGACCUGCAUGCACCAGCGCCAGGGCUGGGGUUGGAUCUUGCUCAGCCCCAUGGUGCCCAGCCUCUGCCCCCACGUGCCCUCUGCAUGUGACCGUCAUGCCCUGGAUGGAGCCUAUCCUGGCUCACCUCACCUGCACUGCACUGUCCCCAGAGAGCCACACCUCCGCCCCCUGAGAGACAGAGCUGUGGAGAGGGGCAGGAGAAUGGGAUUACCCUAUGACCAAAGGAGACUUGGGAAGAAGCCCUUCCUGCUUCCACGAUCAAGGUUCCCCACCAACCCGGUUCUCGGAUAUGCAAGUACCUCACUUUGUUAACUUAUUAACUUAUUGAUUUCAUUAAAGUUUUCAGCAGGA